ACAACUCCUCUCACAACAGCAGCAGCAAGCACAGAGCGACAGCAAGAGAUCAAGAGAUAAGCCAAAGCUGAUCAGAGAGAGAGUCUUUAGUGAUGGCGCUCAAACGCUUUACCGUUAGCUGGGCCAUCGUUCUCUCUCUGCUGACAAUUGGCAUACUGCAGCGGCACACCUGCUUAGCCAGCGAUGUUUACUUUCCCAGCACAUCCGUGAAAUUCAAUCUGCCCAUCAAUGAGGAGUCGGAGAGCAUCUUCUCGAAGAUACCACUGGCCCAGUUCCAAGUGCUGCGCUCGGAGGACAACCAGCUGGCCAGCGACUACAUCUACAGCCUGGAGCAGAAUCCCUUGCUCCGCAUUAAUGCCAGCUCCGGCGAGGUCUACAUGCGCACCGACUAUCAGCCCUUGAAUUCGAGUGCCAAGUAUGUGGUGACGGCAUUUCCCAGGGAUCAACCGAAUGGGGAGCUGCUGCCGGUGUCCCACCUGACCAUGGAGGUGACACCGCAGCCGCUGGAGGAAUACUGCUCGGAGCUGGAGCACAUUUGCUUCUGGAGCAGCGCCCACUACAGCAUCUCCGAGUCCUCACAGGCCCAGAGCAGGAGCACCUUUGAGCCCGUCCUCAUUGGUGCGCUCAACUCAAGGGCAGCCAAGUAUCUGUGCCCACACCGCACCCUGGAGUACUCACUGACGGCGGGCAGCGCGCACUUUGUGCUCAAGCAGAAUCGUCUGUACUCCAGGCACCCGCUCGACCACGAUGAACUGAAUGGACUGAUGGCCCGUGCUGGCCAGCUGCAGGCAAGGAUCAGCUGCACCGUCAAGCUGUCGGCCCAGGAGCAGCGCAAAUUCUCUCGCAGCUUUGACAUCAAGCUACUCGAUCGCAACGACAAUGGACCGCAGCUGCAGGAGCGCGACUCUCAGUUUGAUUUUUACCUGGAUCAGCCCUACUUCCAAGCGAACGAGGCGGUGGGCGAGAAAAUCAUCUACGUGGACAAGGACACGCUGGCGGCCAAUCAGAAUCUUGGCUAUGGCAUACACAACGACACCAACGAUCUGCUCCGACCGGAUUGUCAUGCCUACGAGGCGGAUCACACGGGCAGACCCCACACCAUUGUCAGCUGCCAGCUUCGUUUCUCGCGCAGUGGCGUCCUGCGACAGACGCCCUACUGCUGCAUGCUGGAGGCCCGAGAUGUGACCAUGAAAAUGGAGAAUGUUGCCAUGUCGGCCACCGCUCACAUCUGCCUGCAUGUGGAUCUCCAACAGCUGCACAACAGCGACCAGGAGCAUCCGCAGGCACUGCCAUUGCGCAGCCGUCACCAGCGCAUCUUCGAGAGCGCCGGCGACACGUUGCACACGGAUGGGUACGGCCGAGCCCAUGGCAUUGUGAGCGUGGACUACGAGAAGGAUGUGUUUGUGUAUCGAUCGGCGGCUGCCUUCUACAGGGUGGCGCAGCCGGAGAGCUUCCUGGAGCUGAUGCGAGUGCGCUCCAUUCGCUUUGACAUUGUCGAGGAUCGCAGCGGUGCCUUUGGCAUCACUCCCACGUCGGGCAUCGUGUAUGUGAAGCAUCUGCCAGCGCUCGAGCAGGCGCCAGAGACGAUUUACUUUGUGAAUGUCACGUGGCUGGACCAGGAGCGUCUCUCGCAUGCCUUCGUGAUCAACGUGCAUCUGGUGGAGGGCAGACCGGAGAAUGCCAGCUGCGAGCUGAAGAUCAAGUCGCGUUCGCAGACCUGUGCCCAGAUCAAAUACCAAUCGCAGUGCACCAAGUUCUGUGGCCUGGCCACCAAUGGGGGCGCGUGCGUGUGGCGCGGCACCAGCUCGGCCAUGUUUGGGCGCAACUAUGGCUCCUGUGUGCCCCAGGCACGCUACUGUCCCGAUCAUGAGUGCGAUCCGCUGGAGGAACUCAAUCCGUAUGCCUGUCCGCAGGAUUGCACACCGGCCGGCAAGAUCGUGGGGCCACACACGAGCAAUGAGAACAGGCGGGGCAUACUGAGUGGCUCGGGUACGUGCAUCUGCGAGGACAACGGCAAGUGCUCCUGUGCACCGCUGGAUGAUGAGCCCAAGGUGAAGCGUCCGCGGAAACGCAAGAACGAGACGGACACAGAGCUGACAGCGCCAACGGUGGCUGCCACUCCACUGCAGGAGAGGGAUAGAGAUGCCCAGCAGGAUCCUCUGCUCUUGGGUGUCCUCAAUGUGGCUGGCUUCGAAUGCAAUCGAUCCUGCAUGCUGAUCGUCAUCAGUUGUCCGCUGCUGUUUGUGCUGCUGCUGCUCUGCCUGCUCCUCACCCAGCGGAAGAUGCUGCACCGUCACCUGGGCAAGCAAUCGAUGACACCAGCGUCCAAACAGGGACUGCCCGAGUCGCCCGGAGACGGCGACCUGCCACUGAUGCCGCUGCAGAGCGGCUUCAAGUUCGAGAGCGCCGACACCAAGUGGGAGUUUCCGCGCGGACAACUCGAACUGGACACCGUCCUGGGUGAGGGUGAGUUCGGGCAGGUGCUCAAGGGAUACGCCACGGAGAUUGCCGGUCUGCCGGGCGUCACCACGGUGGCGGUUAAGAUGCUCAAGAAGGGUGCCAAUUCGGUGGAGUACAUGGCGCUGCUUUCGGAGUUUCAACUGCUGCAGGAGGUCUCGCAUCCCAAUGUCAUCAAGCUGCUGGGCGCCUGCACCCAGUCCUCAGAGGCACCGCUACUGAUCAUCGAGUACGCCCGUCAUGGCUCGCUGCGUAGCUAUCUGCGUCUCAGUCGGAAGAUCGAGUGCGCUGGUGUGGAUUUCAGCGAUGGCGUGGAACCAGUCAAUGUCAAGAUGGUGCUCACCUUUGCCUGGCAGAUCUGCAAAGGAAUGGCAUAUCUAACAGAACUCAAGCUGGUUCAUCGCGAUUUGGCGGCACGAAAUGUGCUUCUAGCCGAUGGCAAGAUCUGCAAAAUCUCCGAUUUCGGACUGACUCGUGAUGUGUACGAGGAUGAUGCCUAUUUGAAGCGUUCCCGCGAUCGUGUGCCCGUCAAGUGGAUGGCACCCGAGUCGCUGGCAGAUCAUGUUUACACCACCAAAUCGGAUGUGUGGGCUUUUGGGGUACUCUGCUGGGAGCUGAUCACGCUGGGCGCCUCGCCCUAUCCAGGCAUAGCACCACAGAAUCUCUGGUCGCUGCUGAAGACGGGCUAUCGCAUGGAGCGGCCGGAUAACUGCUCCGAGGCUGUGUACUCCAUUUUGCGCACCUGCUGGGCGGAUGAGGCGAAUGCACGGCCUUCGUUUAAAUUUCUGGCAGCCGAAUUUGAGAAAUUGUUGGGCAACAAUGCCAAAUAUAUAGAAAUGGAAACGAAUGCCGUGUCCAAUCCGAUGUACUGUGGCGACGAGGCAGCUUUGAUGCCGGAAGAGUGCCCGGGGGAACCAGACUGCCUGCAGCAUUUGUGGUCGCCGCCAAAGAUAACCUACGAUGUCCAGGAUCUGGCCAAUAGUCGCGAUCAGUCCGUGCUGGAGAUGCAAGCGGCAGCUGUGGCCCCACCCGGCUACGAUCUACCGCGUCCUCUGAUCGAUACCAGCACCACGGAGCAGGUGCUGAGGUAUGAGAACGAUCUACGCUUUCCCCUCAACAUACGCAAGUCCAGCUGUGCGCCGAGUUACAGCAACAUGACAAGCGGUGGUUCCCCAGCCACAGCGCUGCCACAUUAUGCGGUGCCCGUGAAAAGGGGACGAUCGUAUCUGGACAUGACCAACCAUAGCCUGAUACCAGACAAUCUGGACAACCGAGACUUUGAGAAGCAUCUCUCCAAGACGAUUUCAUUCCGUUUCUCCAGCUUACUAAAUCUCAAAGAGAGCGUGGAGACGAACACCUCCCCAGGACAGCAGGCAGAGGAUGCUGUCUAAAGGUGAUCUUCCCCCCAUUCCCAUUCCCCCAGUUCUGAAUAUGUUUCUUGUCUCCGUUUGCGCCUGUCUUUCAGUUCAAAUUGUUUGUUAAAUAGUUUUAGUUCUUACUUUUAGUCGCGUAGCUUUAUUCUCAUGCCAAAAAAAAAGUAAUAAGAAUUGAACAGGAAUCGAAUUAGUUUCGAAUACUCCCAAAAUUCAUUUAAAGGAGCAGCCUAAGACGUCUUAAUUCUACUGAAAUUAGGGGUACUAAAUACCCUCUGUACUGUCACUUAAUCUCUGCCUGAACUAUGCCAAUGAAAUCUACAAACAUCUUUACGCUUUUUGCUGCAAACCAAAAAUAGGUUCGAUUAGUUGUAAGAUCAUAUUUUAAUCCAUUUUGUACAAACUUUAUACGUCUACUAUAUAACUGCUAAAGAGCGUAAGGGAGUGAUACAAAAAGUGUCUUCGAAAUGAAAGUUUAUUCCAAACGUAAGAGAAGAAAAGUUUCUUCUUUGAAGCAGCGGUGUUGGCGUCGUUGCACAAGCGAAAAGUGCAAAAAGAGAAUGCCUGAGAAUGCAUAAAGAGAACACAAAAGGUAAGCGAGUGCUUAACGCCUGUCCACUGCUGCUUUAGGGUGUACAUUUUUUAUUAUAUUUUAUAAAAGAGCUCCCAAAUUGAAGCUUAAGCACAGCUUAUAAAUGGGGUUUAGCCAUCGAGUCAUAAUAUUAAAAAAAACAUUUAUAUUUAUUUGUCAU